UUUGGCUCAGCCCAGCAGAAAAGAGGAGGGGCGCUCCCUCCCAACCUCCAGGCGAGAAAUGGGUCGCAUGUAUGGCAAGGGCAAGGGUAUCGCCUCUUCGGCGAUGCCCUACAAGCGAGCGCCGCCCUCCUGGCUGAAGAUGAAGCCGGAGGAUUGCACCGAGCACAUCUGCAAGCUCGCCAAGAAGGGGCUCACACCCUCCCAGAUCGGCGUGACGCUGAGGGAUAGCUUCGGCGUGCCGCAGGUGAAGCACGUGAGCGGCAACCACAUCUUGCGAAUCUUGAAGGUCAACGGCGUGGCGCCCAGCCUGCCGGAGGACUUGUACUACCUCAUCAAGAAGGCCGUGUCCAUUCGGAAGCACCUGGACAAGAAUCGCAAGGACAAGGACUCUAAGUUCAGGCUGAUCCUGGUGGAGAGCCGCAUCCACCGGCUCGCCAGGUACUACAAGCGUGUGAAGUCACUGCCAGCCACCUGGAAGUACGUCUCCACCACCGCCUCCGCCCUUGUGGCCUAAAACUACGUCGAGACUCAGGUGGUCAGAUUCUCUGCUGGAGCUCGGGGCCGAUGGUUGCGGAAA